UGUAAGAUUCAAAUACUGUACAAGCAUUACUCAUCGAAAGUUGAUUGCAACGAAUUAUUUAAUACUGUACUCUUGAAGUUUCCAACAUGUUAAACGCUAAGCCAAAGUUAUCUGGGGGUAACUAUUUACGUGGACGUCACAAACGUAUCGCUGAAUCGCAAAACAACUCUAAAGCAAAAUGUGCAAGACCAUCGAUUGUAUCUCAAUUCCCUGAUAUUAUUCCCAUCGCAAAGAACUUCAUCGACAGAAUGGAUUUGAGGCGCAUAGUCGACGACACAACUCAACUGGUAAUUGCGGAACCAGUCUAAGGCAACUCCAAUCGCAUAUUUUAAGUGAGGUUGACAGAUUGGAGGAAGAACAUCCACAUUUUAGUAAGUUAACCUAUAAUCUAUUAGAUAACGAUUUUGAGCCAUUUAUCUUUUUAUGAUAUUGAUAUUAAUAAUGAAAAUGAUAGAGAUAAUUAGGGUGAUAUUUAAGAAGUACAAAUAAUGAACUUCGUCGUGAUUUGAUCGUUUUUAAUAAUGCUAACUGUUUUUUUUUUCUGAUUUCUCUUCCAGGCGUCAACACUGUACAUCGGUUGCUAAAGUGCCCGCACGAAGGCAGAAAAAAUGCAUCUAGAUACAAAGGUAUAUUGAUGCAAGAGUCCCCAGAAAAGACAACAGUCGAAUGAAGCCGAAUGACAACGGACAUUUCUGCAGUGCAAGGGUAAAAUAUUGCAUGCAAUUCAGCGCAGCUCAUCCAACAAAUUGUGCCGUUUAUUCAGUAGAUAACAAGAAUAAAAUUACAAUCGGAACAGAUGUUCUUGCCACUGACAGAAGAGUGAAGAUUCACAAGUUGUUUCCAGUGGCAGAUAAGCCUAUCUAUUUAGAUCAUGACUUUCCAAGUCGGAGUGGAAACCUAAUAACGCCAUGUGGUUAUAUGCGCCUCACACUUCAUGAUCCACCUCGAAUGUCUUCAGAUGACAACGGCAGGCCUGAACUCGUUGUUCAGCGUAGCGGACCAGUGCACAUUAUAAACAGAGGUCCAAAAACGAAAUGUAAUGUCGCAUCACAUGUUAAUGACAUGUUGCCACUACUUCAAGAUGACAUGCGCAACGGCAAAUCAAUUGUAUCAAUAGUUGCAGACGGGGGUUGUGAUUUUCACACCGGGCACCAGACAAAUCUUUUGUAUUAUAGUAGGCUUUUUAGGGAUUCGCAUGUAGAUUUACUCAUGAUAACCGCCUAUGCACCAGGACAAUCAGCAUUGAACCCCAUUGAGCACGUCUGGGGCCCAUGUACACAAGCUUUAACCUCAGUUACACUGCCGGAUAGACUAACAGGCGAAGAAAUGUCACCGUGGGAACAGAAUUUAACUGACGAUGAAUUGCGCGUAAAAGAAGACAGUGUGUACGACGCUGCAAUGUCGAAUCUAUGCAAAUACUGGGGUAAUGUAAGAUUUGGCGGUAUUCCCGUUUCAACGUCAUAUAUUUCUUCUAGUAAAGAAGAAGUUCCAUACAAUGAUUAUGAACAUGCUUAUAAUAUAAUGUCAUGCAACAGUGGAAAGAAAUUUUGAGAUAGUGACCUCGUUGAGGAAGUUGAAUUCAUGUUGUCCCACAUAGACAAGAGAAAGGGUUUCCUUGCAUUUAUGA